AUGGCCAUGAUUCAGUCUUCUUCCAUAUCCGUGCUCAGAUCGUCACGUCAUCACAUCACCGCCAAAUGCUCAUACGUUUCGCAUCUCCUUUCCAGACGAUCGUACUUUUCCGUCCACCACCCAUACCCACCACCAUUCCCCCCAGCUCAUGAAAAGAUUCUUUCGUGUGCCCUUGAUCGAGUCCCGCAAUAUGGGUUCACAGAAGAGGCUCUGAAACUCGGAUCCAGAGACGCCGGCUACCUCGACGUUUCAGUCCAAUUGUUUCCCCGAGGAGUCUUCGACCUCAUCAACUAUCACCUCGUCUCCCAGAGACUGGCUUUAAAAGAUGGAGUUCAGUUCCCAGAAAACACACACCAAGGCUUGACUUCCAAAGUCAGGACUCUGGUCAUGUCUCGCUUGCGAGCCAACCGUGACAUCAUUCAUCAAUGGCAAGGAGCUCUCGGUCAUAUGUCGCUUCUCGAGAACAUCCCUGCCUCUCUACGAGAGCUCAAUGCUCUAUCUGACGAAAUUUGGUAUCUCGCAGGAGACACCACCGUCGACUUCUCAUGGUACACCAAAAGAGCCUCCCUUGCUGCCGUCUAUGCCAGUUCCGAAGUGUUCAUGACAACCGACACCUCCGCAGACUAUGCUGCAACAGAAGAGUUCCUGAGCCGUCGUUUGCAAGAUGCUCGUGCCGUUGGAUCCACCGUUGGGGGUCUAGGCCAGUACAUCGGCUUCUGGGCAGGUAGUAGUGUUGGUCUAGCUCGCUCUUGGGGAUUGAAAGUGUGA